AAACGUGCAUUGAUGCAUUUUCCUUUUUUUUCUUGUUUGUAUUCACGUUGGCUUGGCAACAUCAUCUAAAAAAAGAAAAUUAAAUUUUCUGGUUUUUAAGUAUAUAGACAAAAAGGCAAUUUGGCUCCCUUAUUCUGAGGCGUAAUACAAACCACGUUUUUUAAUAUAAAGGCGAUCAAUGCGUUCAUUACACAAGAUCUCGACUAUAAAUCAGACAGGGCAUCCCUUUGGUGUAGAUCUUCUCUCUUUCUUUCUCUCAAUUCUUCUUUUUCAUUAUCUCUUUUGCCCAUCCCCUUAUCUUCACGUUACCAUGGCAAACACCAACUAUUUAUCUGUAACUAAUUCAAAAGGAAGGCAAAUCAAUCUGUUGAAUGAUGAUGUGAAAGAAGAAAAGAAGAAACGUAAGCAUCAUUGCACAGAAUGCCAAAAAAGCUUUACUACAAGUGGUCAUCUAGCUAGACAUUUUAGAAUUCAUACAGGUGAAAAGAACUUUUACUGUCUAUAUCCAGGGUGCCCAAGUAGAUUCUCACGACAAGAUAAUAUGAUGCAGCAUUAUAGAACACACUUGUCGACUAAAUCAAAAAGAAACAGAUACAACAACUAUUAUCGAGAUCAAUAUUAUCCUCCACCUCGUCCAGUCUUACUACCACCCAUGUCACCAACUUUCGAUUACCCAAAACCUUUUCUAUUUCAUUCUGAUUUUAUAUACGCUAAACCUAAUUUGGGUAUUGACUAUCCAGCGGAUUCUAUUACGAGGUAUCUCUACAAGACCGAUUAAGAACUGUAUAUUAAGCACAUGAUUUAUGUCGCACGAAUCUAAAUCUAUUCUGUAUAUGAACAAUGCUAUUUUUUUUUAUUUUUAUAUAUUUUACACAUAUAUCUUUACAUAACUUUAUG